UUGAACAGCCAACUGUACAAAACAACCCGAACAGAUCCGGGGAGCGUCCAAUGAGAUACCUCAAGGAGAAGACGGCAGCCAAUGUCCGACAGCUAGAGCGCACAACGCAGACAGGGUAAACACACACAGGGAUCCUCGCAGCCAAAAGACCGCGCAGUACUGAGUGACGAAGAAGAAGGCUUCUCGUCCCAUUGUUCGACACGUACCGACGCACCACUCACUUCUUGUAGCUCUGCAGAGUAAUCCAAGAUGAGGAAGGAUCCAAACAAGCCGAGGGGCAAAAUGUCCUCAUAUGCCUACUUUGUCCAAACAUGCAGAGAGGAGCAUAAGAAAAAACACCCGGAAGCCUCUGUCAACUUUUCAGAGUUCUCCAAGAAAUGCUCUGAGCGAUGGAAGUCAAUGUCACCAAAGGAGAAAGGCAAGUUUGAAGACUUGGCCAAAAUCGACAAGGUGCGUUAUGACAAGGAAAUGUUGAGCUACGAUCCCCCCAAGGGCACGAAGAAGAAGCGCUUCAAGGACCCUAAUGCCCCCAAAAGACCACCGUCUGCAUUUUUCCUUUUCUGUGCUGACUUUCGCGCCAAGGUGAAAAGUGAGCAUCCUGGUCUGUCCAUUGGGGACACCGCAAAGAAGUUGGGACAAAUGUGGAACGAGUCUUCUUCAGAGGAAAGGCAGCCCUACGAGAGGAAGGCAGCCAAGUUGAAGGAGAAAUAUGACAAGGAUAUUGUGGCCUACCGUACAAAGGGCAAAGUGGACACUGCACCAGCUGCUGCAGCAGAUGAUGAUGAUGAUGACGAGGAUGAAGAUGAGGGAGAGGAUGAUGAUGAUGACGACGACGAUGAUGAUGACGAGUAGAUUGCACAGGGUCGGGACCUGAAAUUUUGUUUAUGCCAUAUAGCCCUAAUAUACUCAAUUCACCAUCUUGAAGCAGAAAUCAAAUUGAGCGAGAACAUGUGUAUAUUUAAUGUUUUUAAGAUGUACAGUGUUAUUCUCCUUUUUUUGUAAAGUUAACACUACAUAUCUUAAGUUUUGGUUUUUUCUAGUGGUAGUUCUUUAUCCCUGCCAUACUAUGUACCAGUUUAGGAGGACUACAGAUCAGUAUGAAAGUAACUAGUCUUUAGGUGUUACAACUCAAAAAUGAGAUUUCUGAGUUGGUAGUGUAUUUUUCUUUACUUUGAGAAAUAUUUUUUUAUGUGCUGUCCCAAUGUCUUUUUAUUGUUCUUUGAAUACCACUCUAAUAUCAAAUACAGCUGUCGACAUUAAAGAAUGUCUUCAAUAAAGGUCCUUUUUUUUUUUUAAACGUUGGUCUUUUUUUUUUUUUCUGGAUCUCAACAUCUCCAAGCCAACGGUGCAGUAAUGCUAGUGCCAACGUGUUCAACGUCAAUAAAUAAAAAAAUUCAAGGAUUGAAGGUUUUUAUUUAAAAAAUAAACAAAUACUAAUCAGGGCGCCACAAAUUGAA